AUGUUCACACGCGCCGCAAGCUUUUCUUGGACUAUGUUGUUCUUUCCUGCCAACAGGCCUGGCACUGGCAGAAACUUUGUUUACAGAGUUUUGAGUUUCAUAGCAAAGCCUGAGAAUACAGGUUACGGCUGUGUUGUCCCUGAUGCUCAUGGUGCUGAGUCUCAUCUUCCAACGGUGUCACUGAGUGUAAAGAUUGGAGAGUUGGUGGAAGAGUAUGUUGAAGCUAUGGAAAAGGUUAAGCUAAAGCAGGGGCUGAAAACUGCAAUGCAAAUUUCGAUGGAAGGGAAUGGAUACUUGCAGGGAAACAGAUUUUGGAGACUUUACAAGGAAGAUAGACCUUGUUGUGAUAUUGUUAUAAGAACAGCUGCUGGUUUAGUACACCUUGUUGCACAAUUGUUGGAACCUUUCAUGCCAUCUUUUUCUCGUGAGGUAUUUAGACAGCUAAAUUUGGCUCCACUUUUUUCACUCUCCGAGGUAUCACAAGCAAGAAGACCUUGGGAGAUUUUGCCUCCCGGCCACAUGAUAGGGACCCUUCAGCCAUUGUUCAAGGAAUUGGUAUAUUACAUUGCAUUAGCUCUGUAA